CAUUGGGCAAACAAAAGAACUCUCAGGGCUCAAAGUUGAGAGAACCUCUUAUUAAUCCCAUUAUUUGUUCAUUAGAAUAAACAAUUUUAAACUUGACGGCGUCCGGGAGGAGUUCUCUUGUUGGAGACUGCAAUUCCAGUUUUCAGACGAUCAGCUCCCGCGGUUCAAGCUUUCCCCCUUCUGUCCCGACUUCGAAUUCCAAAUUUCAGAUUCUGAUCCAAUUCCUCCGAGUAGAUUCAUGAUUACAAAUUGAUCGACGAUGAAUCGGAAAUUCUGCAACUGCGCUUUCUGUGAGAAUUCAAAUCAAGCUUCCUUUUGCACCGGUUGCGUGAAUCACAGAUUGAACGACUACAACUCUACGUUAAAAUCAUUGAGAGCUCGCCGAGAUAUGUUGUAUUCGAGGUUGAGUGACGUGCUUGUGGCAAAGGGGAAGGCAGACGAUCAAUUAAACUGGAGAGUGACUCGGAAUGAGAAACUUACGAGGUUAAGGGAGAAACUCCGACGCAGUAGAGAGCAACUCAAACAAGGAAAGGCAGAGAUUGAGAUGACAUCCUUUGAUCUCCAAUUGAAAUAUGCGAUGCUUGAAUCAGCCCGUUCAGUGUUGGAAAAACAACGAGUCGAACAACUGGAGAAGGCAUAUCCUGAUCUUAUUAGCACCAAGAAUCUGGGACUUAUGGCAAUCACCUCUGAACGCCUUCACAAACAAUCUGUGGUUAUAAAACAAAUAUGCAAAUUGUUUCCACAACGUCGGGUUUUAGUUCAUGGAGAGAAAAAAGUGGGACCCGGUGAACCAUUUGAUCAAAUCUGUAAUGUGAGCUUACCAAGAAGACUGGAUCCCCAUUCUGUUGAACCGUAUGAGCUUUCAGCUUCUCUAGGAUAUAUGGUGCAACUUCUAAAUCUUGUUGUUCAAUAUUUGGCUGCACCUGCACUUCACAACUCGGGUUUUGCAGGCUCUUGUUCACGUAUAUGGCAAAGGGGUUCAUAUUGGGACACAUGUCCAUCUUCUCAAAGCGAUGAGUAUCCAGUUUUUAUACCACGUCAAAGUUAUUGUUCAACAAGUGGGGAAAAUUCAUGGUCUGAUAAAAGCUCUAGUAACUUUGGUGUUGCUUCGUUGGAAUCAGAGAAGAAACCACAUUUAAGUUUACUUGAAAGUAGAAGCUUCAAUUACUCCUCCGCUUCUCCACAUUCUAUAGAAUCGCACAAGGAUUUGCAGAAAGGGAUUGCCCUCCUAAAGAAAAGUGUAGCGUGUGUCACCGCAUAUGGCUAUAACUCCCUUUCUUUAGACAUUCCGUCUGAAGCUUCCACUUUUGAAGCAUUUGCUAAAUUAUUGGCUACUCUCUCUUCAUCAAAGGAAGUGCGUUCUGUUUUUAACCUCAAAAUGGCUUCUUCCAGGUCCCCGAAGCACGUUCAGAAACUGAAUAAAUCUGCAUGGAAUGCGAAUUCCGUCUCAUGCAGCAUGCUGUUCGAGAGUGCACAUUCACAAAUAAUGAAAACCAAUUAUGAGAGUAACCUUCCAAGUUCGGCUUCGAGUUAUCUUUAUGCCACUGAAUUCUCUGAUGCUGGAAAGAAUGAUUCCACCAUUGAAGGAUGGGACCUUGUAGAACAUCCAACUUUUCCACCUCCACCUUCCCAAGCUGAAGACAUCGAGCAUUGGACUCGAGCAAUGUUCAUUGAUGCCACCAAACAGUAAUUUAAUGGAUAUAUAUGAAGAUAGCACAAGAAAGAGAAGAACUUGGAACGACUCAAAGCACGACCAGCUUUUGUCCUGUAAAUAUGGAGACUUCAAAAGGUGUACAUCUCUGAACAUAUUUAGGUUUAGAAUAACUUUUAUUAUUCCAUCAUCUUAUCUGGAUUUAUUUAGAUUUAGGAUAACUUAUAGUUAUUCCAUCAUCUUAGCCAAUAUUAUUAUUCUUGGAUUUUCUUUUUUCUAUUUCUUUUAAUGGGUGUACAUAGAGCAGUUGGUUUGUGGGGGAUGUUUUUCAAAUGUAUAUACAAAUUGGCCUUUGAAAUUAGCUCAUUCCCUUUGAUA